AAGAGAAAAAAGAGCAGUCUUCCCCUGUGUGAUUCGAAGUAUGAAAAUGAAUAGAAAAAAUAAAAAACCCUCUGAAAACCCAUCUUUUCCCCUCAAACAAGUCAUUCCUCUGAUUGGUUCCUUAUCCACGCACCUGCAGAAAUUUACCCUUCUGAUCUCCUUCAAGCUUCAAUACCAGAAUCAUGAUUUUCGUUGACGGAAAACCCUUUAACAUCGAAUCAUCUUCAUCAAACAAGGGAGCUGAUGUCCUGAAUGCUCUAAUGGAGUGCCCUUUUCUUGUCUCGGCCACGAAUUCCUUCAAGGGUAUUUCAGAGAUGAGGUUCACUGUUUCUGCAGAGUCUGGUGUGGAGAGAUCAACAAUGAGUAAAUGGGUCUAUGUGUUUCAGAAAGAAUAUGCCACGGUUAAUCCUGCAAUAGUGGAUUUUGUUGGCACCGACGAAGCAACAACUUGUGUGGGCAUAGCUAUUCGGAACCGAAAAAAUGGAAUGAUAUCUGUUGCGCACAUGGAUUUUCCGGACAUUAUCAUGAAAGCCCUCUCGCAGAUGUUAUCCCUAGUUGUUGAUCCCGCUUCCAAUGCUGAGUUAGAUGUACAUUUAGUUGGAGGUUUUGAAGAUGUUGUACUAAAAGAAAAUAAUCAUAUAACCGGGUCAGGAAGCCGUAAAAAGAUGGAGGGUUAUUCUUUUCCGCUAUGCUACAAAAUUAUCAAGAGUCUGUGGACAAGGCCAGAGAAUUUUCAUCUUCAGACUCUUUGUAUUCUUCAGCAUAACACUCGGAGAGACUCUGAAGGGAAUGCUUACCCUAUCUUCAAUGGAUUAGCGGUGAAAACUUCUGAUGGAUCUGUGUUCCCUGCUAGCUUUGAUAGUACAUCAAGAUGUCCCGAUGAAGUUGUUCGGAGAAUUCGAUUAUCUUCGUCAUACGAGGAUCCAAAUUCGAUGGGCAGACUACUGGAGGCAUACGAAACUCAAACCGAUCAGUUCAAAAUCGAACCAUUCCGCUGGUCCCAAUGGAAACAACAUAUGGCUCUGUCUCUACAACACCUUUCCGAUUCCGAAAUCCUUCAAACAUGUUCUACCUCUCCUUAUGCAGAAGGACCAGACUUUGUGGAGAAUGAAAGAAGGCAGUGGGCUUAUAUAGUGGAACACCCAGAUUGGAGAGAGACCUUCCCAAAGAAGAAGCCAAGAAUUUUCACAAGGGCUGCUGAUGGAAGAUGGGAAAGGUGCUUCAACUAACUUCUUUGUAAUUUUCUUAAUUUUUUUAGUCAACAUUGUGAGGUGGCGUAGAGAUUCGAAUAUCUAACACUCAAAUAUAUAUGACUUAACGAGUUGAGUUAUAGUUAGGUGUGGCUUUUAUAUUCUUUUCUUAGCAAUAAUGAUAUGUUUACCUAAUACUUUUAAUGU